UGCCGUCAGAGUGCUUGGAGGUGCAGUGGAGCGCAUCCUCGUGCAGGCUACGUUCUUCGUCGAGGUUCGCGUCGGCACGCGUGCGGGAUCGCGGCUUUGUCUGGCCGGGCCAGUUGGCAAGAAAGCAUCGGGAAAAGCGGCCGUGACCAGAAUCAAAAAUGCCUAAGCCGAUCAAUGUUCGGGUGACCACCCUGGAUGCGGAGAUGGAAUUCUCCAUCCUGCACACCAUUUACGGCCGGCAGCUCUUCGACCAGGUCGUGCGCACCAUCGGACUCCGUGAGGUCUGGUUCUUCGGGCUCCAAUACACGGACCUCAAGGGUUCCAUCGGAUGGCUCAAGAUGGACAAGAAGGUCUCCUCGCACGACAUCCGCAAAGAGAACCCGGUGCAGUUCCGCUUUCGCGCCAAGUACUUCCCGGAGGACGUGUCCGAGGAGCUGAUCCAGGAGGCUACGCAGCGCCUCUUCUACCUGCAGAUCAAGGAGGGCAUCCUCUCGGAGGAGAUCUACUGCCCGCCCGAGACCGGCGUGCUGCUCGCCUCGUACGCCGUGCAGGCCAAGUACGGCGACUACAGCAAGGAGAAGAACCCGCCGGGGUACCUGGCCAAUGAGAAGCUGCUGCCCUCACGUGUAUUGGAGCAGCACAAGCUAUCAAAUGCCCAGUGGGAGGAGAGGAUACAAGCGUGGCAUUCGGAGCACAAUGGGAUGUUGCGGGAGGACGCCAUCAUGGAGUACAUGAAGAUUGCUCAGGACCUGGAGAUGUACGGGGUCAACUACUUUGACAUCAAGAACAAGAAGGGGACCGACCUUCAGCUGGGCGUGGACGCGCUCGGCCUCAACAUCUACGAGAAGAACGACAAGCUGACUCCCAAGAUCGGCUUUCCGUGGAGCGAGAUCCGAAACAUCUCCUUCACGGAUAAGAAGUUCUGCAUCAGACCCAUCGACAAGAAGGCUCCGGACUUUGUGUUCUACUCGCCGCGGCUGCAGACCAACAAGCGCAUCCUGGCGCUGUGCAUGGGCAACCACGAGCUGUACAUGCGGCGGCGGCAGCCCGACUCCAUCGAGGUGCAGCAGAUGAGGGCGCAGGCCAAGGAGGAGAAGCAUGUCAAGCUGCAGGAGAGGGCUUUCCUGGAGAACGAGAAGAAGAAGCGCGAGAAUGCCGAGGUGGAGCGGCAGCAGUCGGAGAGGGAGAAGCGGGAACUCAUGAUUCGCCUGCAGCACGUGGAGGAGCAGACACGCAUCGCCCAGAAAGAGCUGGACGAACAGAUGCAGCGUGCCGCCCGCCUGGAGGAGGAGCGACGCAAGGCCCUGCAGGAGGCGAAGAAGCUGGAGGACCAGAAGAGGGCGGCCGAGGAGGCCAGGGCCAGGCUGGAGCACGAGACUCACAACCAGAGGAUGUCUCAGGAGCAGCUGGCAAUAGAAUUGGCUCAGUACACGCAGCAGAUCUCAUUGCUCGAACAGGCCAAGCAGAACAAGGAGAUGGAGGCCAAGGAGUGGCAACAGCAGGCCGAGCUUGCUCAGGACAACCUCCAGAAAACCAAGAAGGAGCUUGACGAAGUGAUGAGGGCCCCCAAAAUGGUGCCGCACAACAACUCGGCUCCCAGCCAGACCCUCAUCCUCGUGGGCCAGCCCAACGUCCACUCGCCCGCUCCGCACGAGAAACAGUUCGGCUUCUCAGACCAGGACAUGAUGUACGAAAACGCCCACGGCCGAAACGGAGGCUACGUGCAGCAGCACCAGCAGGAGCACCAGAAUCAAAUGCCUGGCCUGCCCAACCCACCGUCGCCCUCCGACCUCUACGGGGGCUACCAGGAGGACGGGGACGAGGGCAGCGCCGAGCUGCCGUCGUACGGCUACGGCUUCAACAACGACCGCAACGAAGAGAGACGCGUCACCGAGAUGAUGAAGAACGAGCGCGUCAAGUUGCAGCUGCAGGCACUCAAUGACGAGCUGGCCAAGGCACGGGACGAGACGAAAAAGAAUCAGAUGGACAUCCUGCACAGCGAGAACGUGAAGGCGGGCCGCGAUAAGUACAAGACGCUCCGGCAGAUCCGCCAGGGCAACACGAAGCAGCGCAUCGACGAGUUCGAGGCCAUGUGACGGGAUUUCACGAACACAAAACGAUUUCACAUCCCACACGAACACCGACGUGGGAACGCGCGCGCAUUGCCAACGCGCCAUGAUGGUGCGAGCACUCAAAUUCAUUACGCACGCCGGUUGAUUCAGACACUCGCAUGCACGUCCGCUAAAAUGAGACUUGUCCUGGCCUCUUUCCGUUCACACCGGGUGAAACAAAAUAUAACCUUGGACCAAUCGCAUUAUGUUGGAGUAGCGACGUGACAUAUGCGGCGGUAGUGAUUCUAGGACAUACUAAACAGGGGGCACUAACAGGGCUACCAGCUAAUACAGUGCUUGCGACGCGGACGCAUUUUUAUAUUAUGUACAUGCAAAUUGUAUUGUAAUGCAAUCUGGGGUAGUGGUGGGGGUAGAGGAGGCACCUAUGUACUCAGUGUAAAACUCCUUAAGUGGGGGACGUCUUUAACAGCAGACAUUGGUGAUGUUGUCAGCUGUGCACCUGCAGCAAGAUUGUGAAGGAGGAAGGAAGUGAUGGAGACAUUUGGUAGUCCUCAGCCACACUGUGACCCCUUGAUGACCUUUUUAAAUUUUACUUUAGUGCCUUCCCACCCUUCGUGUUAGCACGUUUGCUACUGCUGCAGAGGUUUCAAGGUUCGAAUACAGUGGGCUGCCCUGGUUAUUACUGAAGGUGUAUAAACCAUACUACCCAUCGUCUGCUUCACAGUGGACUUGUAAUUCGCAAGAGGAGGCCAUCGUGUACCGGCGUCGUUGUCAAACAUUGGCCAAUUGUUUAUUUUAACCUGCAAAUUACUCAAUUAGUGACUAUCCAUAGCAAUCAUUGCUCUCCCUACUGCGAACAAUGUGGCAGUACCCUCUUGAACUAUAGUCAUGAGACUCGGAGAGGCUUUUCUGGGUUAAACAAGCGUAAUAAUAAUAAUACUACUACUAUGAAUACACCAAGAGGAUAUCUUUCUGAAUUGGGGGGGGGGGGGGGUGGAAAGGUUUAAGUUGGGGGGGGGGGUACUGAUGUUCAUUUUAGAGAGGAGUCAUGUUAGCGCCCCUCCCCAUUAGAAUCGCCACUCGCGCUUAAUACAUCACGCAGGUCCCCACGCGCGCUUCCACGAGCAAUCGCGCUGUUUCACAAUGCGAAACAGUGCGACUGCUUACGCUUUGCUCCCGUCCAUGUAAUCUGAGCAGUGAAUUUAUCAGAGUGGGCUAGCAGGGGCAUGUGUUUGCGCGUGAACCACGUUGUGUGUGCCUGUGCAAAUACCGUUCGGCUGAAGAAGCAAGGUCGAGAAUUGUCCGAUGCAUCAAAGGCAUUGCAUGCAUGCAUGCGAUAUCGCUGUGCCUGCAUACACACCACCAAUGGCCUUUCAAGUAACCAAAAAAAUAUGCACAUUGUAUGCAAUUUGUCCUAUUUGGUUGUAAUAUUUAUACGUUCGUUUGGGUUUUACGGUGUAUAAGAGUUCACAUAAAUAAACGUGGUUUUUAAAUAUAUAGCUUUUAUAUAUGUUUCUGUUGGUUUAGUAGAAUUAAGGGCUUUCAAAUGUUUUCAUUACCUAUUCGGGUCUAGCCAUUAAUAUAAAUCCUCCACUAAACGUAAGAUAAUUAUUAUAUCCAGACUCAGUAUAAUAUAUAGCAUUGGGUAAAUGUGUACAUACACAGCCUGCAUGUACAUUAUAAAUGUGUCUAUGCUUGCCUAUAUAUAUGUGAGGAGCAGUCAAAAAGAUGUUUUAAAAUCAAACCCCUAAAAAACAGUUGCAAUUACCUAAUGAUAAGCUUAUGUUAAUACUCACGUUUGUAUGUUAUGGUAUAACUUAAGUUAAUAUUUUUGACUUCCUCGUGUUUACACACACAUUUAUGUACUGUAACUCCAAUAAUAAUAAAGGGCUCCUCAUGCCAUGUCGGAUAAGGCAGUUGUUUUACCAUACUUCACCUUCCUGGACAGCGCAGAUUGGGGCAACCCCAUAACCUGUUCAGGUAUCAUCCACCACGUAUUAGCUGUGGCCAGGAAUCGAACUCGGGUCGCUGGGUUCAUAGUGCAGUGGUGCGCUAACCACUGAGCCAUCAUUCCACCAACAUACCCUUUGUGUGCUAUUUCCCAGAUAAUAUGCUUCUAAUAUUUGAUGAAUUACUUAAAAAAACACAUUUAAAAUAUUUUAAAUAUUUGCUAACAUUUGUGGGAGCUAAUGGGUUUAAUCAACGAUAUAUUUCUGUUUUUAUUGUAAAAUUUCAUAUUUUCCGAGUAACUUGAUGAUUAAGAACAUUUUGAUUUAACUAUACGAUGGUUUUUAUGCAAAUAUAUGAUACUGUUAAAGUAACAUUGAUGAUGAUGUUGGCAAUGAGUUGAAAAAUAUCAUAACAUGAGAUCAUCCGAGGUUUCAACGGUCUGAGCACCCCUCUAUGAGUCUGACAGGCACAAUCCAUAUUUCAUGACUGUCAACUACAGGAAUGUUACAAUGAUGACGUGCCUACUUGCAUACGGGGGUGUUUUUAGUAUGGCAGUGUCUCCUUAAGAAAUAGCAGUGACAUUCUUGCCCCUAGCAAGUGUAAUGUGAUCAGCACACCCUAUUGACCAAUGCCAAACAGCGCAUGUACGAUUUUUCCCCAACCUUGUCAAAUGGCUGCCAAACACAGUGUAAAUGUUUGAUGCUUUGAUUUGGUUUUUACUACUUUUAAUGUGCAUUCAUUCGUCUAUGACAUGUACCGUCGUAUUUCAUCAAUAAAUGAUGGCUUGGCAUGCAUAUAA